CUUAUUCGUUUCGUAUCUGCUAAACUUAUCGAGAUCUGGAGAGAAAGACAGUUGAAAAUUCGAAAAUGAAGCUCGGGAUCAUCAUUGUGUCUUUGCUAAUGUUGGUACUCGUCUCCGGGUCCGGGGAUCAUUCGACUAAAUCCUCACCUGCUCCGGCACCAGAUCUAGCCGCCGACGCUGUAGAUUCACCUCCAAUCCACGCACCUACUCCUGAACUUGGUUCUCCUCCGUCUGUUAAUUCGCCUUCACCGGCAGAACCUCCGAUUCACUACUCUUCUCCACCGGAACCUGAACACUCUCCAUCUCAUUCUCCGUCAGAGUCUCCAUUGACGUCUCCUCCAAUGCCGGAUGAUCAUUCAACUCCUUCCUCUCCGUCUCCAUCUCCCGUAGCUAGUGACGUGAACCACAGCGACAUUACUGGAGUCGAAGAGAAGAGAUCAUCGGGAGGCGGUGGAAUGAGCGGCGGGACGAAGGCUGGGGUGGCGUUUGGGACUAUCGCGGCGGUGUGUGUGGUUGGUUUAGCAGGAUUUGUGUAUAAGAAACGGCAGGAUAAUAUUCGCAGAUCUCGCUACGGUUACGCCGCCAGAGAUAUUCUGUAAACUGUUCGAGAGAGAGAGGAGAGGUCCGGCGAGGCUUAGCUUAUGUUUAUUUUGAAAAACAUUUAUUCAUAUCUUUUUAAAAACUUUAUGAUCCACCCUUUUAAUUUAUUUCCGAUUUUCAUGUUCUUAAAAAGUUAAUUAAUUCAUAAGUGAUAGCUUCUAUAUUUAUCUUCGGAUGCCAAUAAAUUGCAAACUAUUAAUGGCAAAUCUAUCAAAAGACAAAUAAUUUUUUUUGACAAAAU